CUAAGUCUAGAAACAUCUCACUUUUCCAUCUCUUCUACUCCUUCAACUCUCCUUCAUACUCUUCACUUCCAGAGAAUACUGCAAAAAAUAGAGAGCAAAUUUAGUUUAGGUAGAAUAAUGAUUUUUUCAUGUUAUAUUGGCCAAAUUCUGGAAUUAGCUAAUUUUGAGUUUUUCUCUUACUCAUCUUUGUUUUAAACCUUUGCCUUUAUGCUAUAUGUAAUUGCGGUGGAAGAUUAACAGAGCAGAACUCAUCUGUAUUUCAUAUAACCAGAACUUGGAUAUGAAUAAUUUUUGUUUUAUUUAAAGAGGAAGAGUUAGAGACAAUUAAUAACAAUAACCUGUUUAUUGUUUUCCAUUGAAGAGAGUUUGAAAAGGAAAUGAAAUUGUUAUAAGAUAAUUUAAAACUUCCAUGUUUGCAGACACCAUCGAAGCACAUAUAUCUUUUAGUUGGAAGCGCGAGAUGAGUUAGCUCCCUGCAAAAUAGAGCUGAAGGAAAAAUUAGACCAUUUUGAUACCGUCUCAAAACCUGUCAUACCUGAUCAAUGAUGGUCGUAAAAAUGACCUUUGCCCGCUAAAACCAACAAGCCACUACUUCAUAAGCAUAACGUUGAGCACGCGCUUGAUCUCAUCUAGUGUAUCCAAACAAACUAUUCUUGAAAAAGUAAAACAUCCUCAUCUUUACAGGGAGGGAAUUAGGAUGCUGUCUUCUUCAGUGAUGAUUCGACGCUUUUGUAGCUUCACUGUCACCGCUUCUUCUUCUUCUGCUCCUUGUACUAUCACUUCCAAUUCAAAGAAGAAACGUCUUGUCUUUCUGGGUUCUCCUCAGGUUUCUGCGUCAGUUCUUGAUGCUUUAUUCAAUGCUUCUGCUGCCCAAGAUUCCCUAUUUGAGGUCACAGCUAUUGUUACGCAACCACCCACCAGAAGGGAUAGAGGAAGAAAAGUAAUGCCUUCACCGGUUGCUCAACAUGCUCUUGACAGAGGAUUCCCUUCUGAUUUGAUUUUCACACCUGUGAAGGCCGGUGAGGAAGCAUUUCUUUCUAACUUUAAAGCUUUGGAGCCAGAGCUUUGUGUUACUGCUGCAUAUGGAAAUAUUUUACCCACAAAGUUUCUGAAUAUUCCGUCAAAAGGAACAGUUAAUAUACACCCAAGUUUACUGCCUCUAUAUCGUGGUGCAGCACCUGUUCAAAGAGCAUUGCAGGAUGGUGUUAAAGAAACAGGGGUGUCGCUAGCUUAUACAGUUCGCAAAUUGGAUGCUGGACCGGUUAUUGCGCUUGAAAGAGUAACAGUUGAUGAUCAAAUAAAGGCUCCAGAUUUACUUGACUUACUAUUUGCUCUAGGUUCCAAACUUCUAAUUCGUGAACUUCCGUCUAUAUUUGAUGGGUCUGCAAGUGGAAGAGCAGAAGAGCAAGAUGACUCUAAAGCUACCCUAGCUCCCAAGAUAACUCCUGAGGAGUCAUGGUUAUCCUUUGAUGAAGAUGCCCAAGUGCUUCAUAAUAAGGUUCGGGCAUUUGCAGGAUGGCCUGGAACUCGAGCUAGACUUAUGGUCAUUGACCCUAGCAGUGGCGAGAGCAGUAGUAUAGAGCUUAAAAUUAUCACUACUCGGAUUUACACCGGUAUCAGAAGUCAAGAUAUAGAAGCCAAUGAUGUGCUUUUUACUAAAGGUUCACUGGUAAUUCCUUGCGGUGGGGACACGGCACUAGAGGUUUUGGAAGUUCAACUUCCCGGCAAGAGGGCUGUUAAUGCAGCUUCAUUUUGGAACGGUUUAAGAGGCCAAAUACUGAAAAAAUGAUGGAUCUCAAAGCCGGUCAAGCACACCAAAUCAGAAGUCGACAGGUCGCACAAAAUGUCAUUGUUCUGGAGAGUUCAUUGCAUAUCUGAUCAUAAAACGCAGAACUGGGAGAAUACAUGAUGGGUUUAACUUUGAUUGGAUGCUUCUGAUUCUUAUCGUGAUCUUCUCCGUUCUCGGGAUAAUUCAGACUUCUCAAGGAAGUCACAUUUCUUAUACAAGAUAUAUUCCAGCUUCAGGAGUAGACUAAUAAAUUUGUUUGAACUGAUUUGUAUGCUCGAUUUAGUUUUUUUUAAUGGUAAAGUUCCCUCAAUCUAUUUGUUGACUUGAGAAUAUUCAUGUUUCAGCUAUUUAGCUAGCUAUCAAGUGUAGACUAUUCAGGAGCUUAAAUAGAUAGAGAGCAGGUGAUGAAUUUUUGAUGUAGGCUAUCUAACAUCAGGGUGGCUCAAAGUGGGAGGCUAAUAAUAUCUUUGCUUUAGGCCCAAAA